AGGGUUCCAGCCACAUCGACCACCAGCCCCACCGGAGGCAGCCAGGCCCAGCCACCAGCUCUGGCUCAUCUUGCCCGGCACCAUGACCUUCGCCGAGCUCGUGGACCGCGUGGGCAGCAAGGGGCCCUUCCAGCUCCUACACACGGUCCUGCUAGGCCUCCCGAUCCUCGGCAUGGCCAACCACAACCUGCUACAGAUCUUCACAGCGCCCACCCCCGCCCACCACUGUCGCCCGCCACCCAACGCCUCCGCAGGGCCCUGGGUGCUCCCCACGGGUCUGAACGGGAAGCCCGAGACGUGCCUCCGUUUCGUAUACCCGCCCAAUGCCAGCCUGCCCAAUGACACCCGGGGGGCCACCGAGCCCUGCCUCGAUGGCUGGAUCUACAACAUCGUCGACAGGGAUUCCAUUGUGACUGAGUGGGACUUGGUGUGCAGCUCCAGCAAGCUGAAGGAGAUGGCCCAGUCAGUCUUCAUGGCGGGCAUACUGGUUGGGGGGCUCGUGCUGGGAGCCCUGUCUGACAGGUUUGGCCGCAAGCCCAUCCUGAUCUCCAGCUACCUGCUGCUGGGCGCCAGCGGCUCAGGCGCAGCUUUCAGCCCCACCUUCUCCAUCUACGCAGUCUUCCGCUUCCUGUGCGGCUUCAGCAUCUCAGGCAUCUCCCUGAGCACAGCAAUCCUGAAUGUGGAGUGGGUGUCCACCCGGUUUCGAGCCAUCAAGUCCAUUGCAGUUGGUUUCUUCUACACCUUUGGCCAGUUCGUUCUGCCCGGCCUGGCCUACGCCAUCCCCCAGUGGCGCUGGCUCCAGCUCACCGUGUCCGUUCCCUUCCUCACCUUCUUCCUGUUGUCCUGGUGGUUGCCUGAGUCCAUACGCUGGAUGGUCCUGUCUGGAAAGUCCUCCAAGGCCCUGAAGACCCUACGGCAGGUGGCUGCCUUCAACGGCAAGAAGGAGGAAGGAGAAAAACUCAGCCUGGAGGAGCUCAAACUCAACCUGCAGAAGGAGAUCUCCUUGGCCAAGGCCAGGCACGGCAUAGCAGACCUGUUCCGGACACCUGUCCUACGCCGUGUGACCCUCUGUCUUUCCCUGGCCUGGUUUGCCACUGGUUUUGCCUACUACAGUUUGGCUAUGGGUGUGGAGGAAUUUGGAGUCAACCUCUACCUUCUCCAGCUCAUCUUCGGUGGGGUGGACGUCCCAGCCAAGUUCAUCACCAUGCUCUCCAUAAGCUAUCUGGGCCGGCACAUCACGGAGGGCGUUGUUCUACUUCUGGCAGGAGGGUGCAUCUUGGCCCUUAUCUUCGUGCCCUUGGACUUAAUGACCCUGAGGACAGUCCUGGCUGUGUUCGGGAAGGGAUGUCUGUCCGGCUCCUUCAGCUGCCUCUUCCUCUACACGAGCGAGUUAUACCCCACAGUCAUCCGGCAAACAGGGAUGGGCGCAAGUAACCUGUGGGCCCGCGUGGGAAGCAUGACCGCCCCGCUGGUGAAAAUCACGGGGGAGUUGCAGCCCUUCAUCCCCAACAUCAUCUUUGGCACCAUCGCCCUCCUGGGAGGCAGUGCAGCCCUCUUCCUGCCUGAAACGCUCAACCGGGCCUUGCCAGAAACGAUUGAAGACAUAGAAACCUGGUCCCUGCGGGCAAAGGAACCAAAGCCAGAGCCAGAAGCGGAAAAGUCAUCCCAGAGGAUCCCUCUGCAGCCCUGUGAACCCGGCCCGGGCCCCAGCUGAGACCAACAGCCCUCCCCUCCCUGCCCUCCAGAGACGAAUCCCAGCCAGGUCCUUGCCUGUCUUGAGGCUCCGUGGGCCCCCUGGGGAGGCCCCGGGCACAUCCAUGGUCCCACAGAACACAGUCUUCUGAGAGCUUGAUGGAGGCGUCUCCAUCAGCCCCGGAGCCCCCCCCCCCCGCCCCCCCAGCACUGGCCCAUUCAAAGGUUUAGCCACAGGCCUUCACGCACUCUGCCUGGCCCUCGCCCUUCCUGCAGCCCAGGCCCUGUCAUUCUUCUGUCCAGCCCUCCCCACUGGCCCCUCCUGCCAUUGCUCCCACCCACUUCCCCUUCUGGCGUCCACUCCUUUCUCCAAUGGGAGAUUUCAAUAAACGGCAGUGAAGAACUCUA